AUGCAGUAUGCCUGCGAGUUGGGAAAUACUGAUUGUGUUGCCGUGCUUCUUCGAUACCUCGAGCCACCCCAAAAGGAAAACAUUCAUUUACAAUGGGCAUCCAUAACAGGCCAGUCACAAGUGCUUUCCGUGCUGCUUGAGUGCCCAGACAUUGCCUGUAACAUCAAUAGAAAGGGUGAGAAUGGCAAAACACCUCUAUACACGGCUGCCUGUGGGCGGCACAUGGCCUCUGUUCGCGUAUUGCUUGAUCAUGGCGCCGACGCGCAUCUGACAUCGGAAUAUGCACGCAAAUCAGUCGGAAGGAUCAAGUCGCCUCCCAAUAAUCGAGGCCUGACCCCACUACAAGGCUGGGCAGAUAUUGAGAAGUUAGGCACCCAGCAUGACAAUGAGGAGGUAGAGGGCUGUCUAGAGCUUCUGGUCAAUGCUGGUUGUGACGUCAACGUGAGAAACCAUGCAGGCGAGACGCCGUUGUUUGCAUGGAGCCAACAAUUUCUUGCGGGGGCUCAGAGUUUGGAAAAGAAAUUGCAUUUUGUGACAAUGCUUCUCAAAUAUGGAGCCGAUCCCUGUGCCAGGGAUAAGAAUGGUCGCACUGCGCUACAUCAAAUCCGAAGUUAUGACGACUGCGAACAAGUCAUCAGCGUGCUUGUACAAGCUGGCGCGGAUAUCAACGCUGCAGAUGAUGAUGGAGAGACGCCCCUUAUCUCUGUAGCCAAAGCGCAACGUCUUGACGUCGGCUUACUCAUUCGGAAUGGCGCAGAUCCUAAUAUACAAGACCUGGAUGGAAACACGGCACUACAUCACAUUUGCUCCUCGUGGUUACCAGAUUAUAAACAUUUACAGGAAUGGCUGACUUUCGCCGACCCAACGAUCAAGAACAACGCUGGAAAUACCUGCAUCUAUAAUCUGCGGUACGGGAAUGGUGGUCAGGGGAGAUUGGAUUCAAUUUUGCUUUUCAUAGAGAAGGGCUUGGAUUUAGAGUCUCGGAAUGAUCAAGGGAGGACAGUGCUCCACGCUGCUGUGCAGCAUGGGCAAUUCGAGCUUGUCCAGACGCUGCUCAGAUUUGGAGCGAAGGUCGAUGCGACAGACUAUCAGAAGAAAUCAGUUCUCCAUAUCGCUGCAGAACACGGAUACACAAUGGACAUUUUCCCAUGUCUCGUGGAUGCAGGGGCAAAUGUUAACGCCGUUGACUGUGACGGUAAUGCCCCUUUUCACGAUGCAUGCUUGAGUAAGAUACGGACGGGGGCCGUUCAUCUAGGCGCCAUUGUUAAGGCAGGUGGAGUGGCAGGUGAAAUCAACAAUCAUGGUCGCACGGCUUUACAUAUGGCCGUCUGCCUCGAGCCAAUCGAUCGAUAUGACACAACUAUCGAAAAAGUUGGCUUUCUCUUGCAGCAGGAACACGCGAUUGAUUUCCAUUCUCGGGAUCUGAAGGGUGUCAUGGCUAUUCAUCUUGCUGCUUCGGUAUCCGCAUCUACUACAUGGCAUCUAACAAGUAUUGGAGCCGAUAUACAAGCUCGAACUUUCGACGGCCGCACACCCCUCCAUUAUGCCUCUGCGGCUUCCGAAAGCAACACAGUUGGCCUCAUUUGCGAUAUCUACCGUGAGAAUGGCUGGUCUGUAGACAUAAGGGAUAGAAUGGGCCGUACGCCUUUACAGGAGGCGGCUCGUUCUGGUGACUUGGAGUGUGUUCAAUUUCUGUUACAAGCUGGGGCAAAUCCAAAUUCAAGGGACAAUCGAGGCCUGACGCCACUCCAUGCCACGGCAGAGUACUGUCCGUCAAAGCAGGGGUCUGGUCUUAAAAGCCAGAUAACGUUGUCAUCAGACAUUCCUCCUGCAAUGAGCAAUUUGGCUUCCCUAUACACGAAUUCAGAGGACGCCAUCCAGAGCCUAAGGGUCGGGCAAAAUCAUAGCAUCACACUUGAAGAAGAAGCACGUACGUUGCAUGACGUGGUCUUGCUGCUUCUAUCGGCCGGUGCGGACCCUCAAAGCACAAACAGGGAUAACGAGACGCCAUAUGAUAUGGCUAUGGUACUAGGGUGUGAGCCUAUGGUGAAUAUUCUCUCGUCCACUUCAGGUCAUGCGUCAGUUUUGGUAAUUGGCGGACACUCGGGGAUUCUGCUCAUACAACAAUGGCAUUUGGCUAGGACAGAGGGCAUGAAACAGAUCGCCGAGCAUAUAAGUGUGGACAAAACCAAUGCGCACUCUCUUCUCGAAACUGCGGUCAACCUCAGAUCUGAUCAAGCAGUCAAAGCUCUCCUCGAGGCUGGUGUAGAUCCUACCGUUUUGGGCACCGCUGGGCUUACAGCGAUGCAUACAGCUGCCUAUUGGGGCUUGACUACGAUUUUGAAGACAAUGUCACCGUAUGUGGCCGACAUAAACACGCUGUCACCUCCAUUACUCCAUACAGCCGCACUGAGAGUGCAUUCGAAUCUCCAGAUUGUUAACCUGCUAGUUGAUCUUGGCGCACACGUGGAUGCUGUAUACACAGAACCCAAGGGCCCUCAUGGCCUACCGAAUCCAUCAUAUGCGGCUAUUCAUGUCUUCGCAGCUGGGAGAGAAUGGUGGCAUAUACCUGCAUUGCAUUUUCUGCAUAUAGCAGGUGCAGAUCUUGAGGUACCUGAUGGCUCUGGACGAACGCCUCUGCUAUGUGCGUUAAUGGGUAGGAGAAGUGGAGGCAAUGGGAGCGAGGGCUUCUGGAGAGACCACACAUUAGAGGUGCUCCUAGAACAGGGUGUCAAUGUCAACGCCCUGUCAUCGGACGGAGAAACGACUCCUCUUGUCACUGCUCUCGGGUCAGGGAGAAGGUCUAACAUUAUCAAGAAACUCCUCGACCAUGGUGCCAGCAUAUCCCUCGGUAGGACCCCCGCCCUAUGCGCGGCCAUUCGAAGCGGGCACUUGAAUGCUACAAAAGCUAUUCUGGAAGCUGGUGCAGAUCCAAAAGUUCUUUACCGGCCGAAACGUGAGCGAUGGUUAGAGCAGGGCGAGGAAUUUGAGACGCCUUUACUUGCAGCUGCGUCGAAAGGCCGCGAAUUUGAUUCAGAGAGGACACAAACCAAAGACGCCAUCAUUAGCCUCCUGCUCCAAUACGGCGCCGACCCUUUGGUGGAUCUCAGUGGCAGUCAUGGAUGCGUACUUCACACAAUAGCCAGAUAUGCUGGAUACUUCGGGCCACUCCUAAAAGCCAACGUCGACCUCAACAUGCAGGAUCGCCAGGGCCACACGCCCUUAAUGGCAUCUGUCUGCUCAUCUUCAUCCUCCUCACGAGUCAUGACGCUUAGUCUUAGGCGUGGACUUAUAGCUACAGCACGGGAGCUGAUCGAGGCCGGCGUCGACGUGAAUAUAACCGACCACCAAGGCUCAAGUCCUCUUCAUGCUGCCACCGCGUCAGGCUUUACGGAAAUUGUCCCACUCCUUUUAUCGCACGGGGCCUCCGUCUUAACAAGUGACGGUGCGGGUCUCACCGCGCUCUGCUACGCUUUAAGCAAUGGGUACUAUGGUAAGCGACUUCCAGUGGCCAAGGCGCUGCUCUCUGCGGGCGCAGACCCUCUUUUUACCGGCCCGGAAGGUGAAACGGCCCUGCACCUCAUUGCUCCGGUAUUGAUGCUUUCGAGUCCCCCCGACACGGCUGAAGACCCGGUUGACUAUUUCGACGAGUAUACACGACUGUAUCGGCGCUUUGUUGACGCGGGUUGUGAUUGUAAUGCUCGUGACAACGCUGGCAACACCCCAUUGUUCCGCUAUGUGGAACAAGUGAAAGACCGGAGUGAACUCUUCACCGUCGAUGCACCUCGUCUAGCGGACAUUCGGAGUAUGUUCGACCAGCAUGAUGUUUUUGCGAUCAAUAAUGCAGGGGACACGCUACUACAUGCCGUUGCGCGGAGAAGUUACGAUGGUCGGUAUGGCUACUACAACGACGGGGACUCUGAGGGCGAUGCCGUGGUUCUAUUCAAGGAGCUACUUGCCAGGGGGCUCAACCCCAGGCAAGAAAAUCACGCGGGUCUCAGUGCUCUUGACAUUGCGACUACGUAUGCCAAGGAGGGGAUUUUGGAAUUAUUUGAGAGAAAGGAUGAGCAGCCCUAG